CCAAGAUUGCGAGAAAAAAAAAUCUGCUGUUUCUUGCAGACUGUCGCAUGCUAUCUUUCUGUGCGUGAUACGCUGUCACACAAGCAGAAUGAAGAGCGGCAUACUGAAAGUACAGUAUACGUUUCAUACGUAACAUUAGAAGAAGUGCAUGACCUUCGAGCCUUGAGUACAGACGAUUUCGUCUCGAUCGGAUGGUCAGCGAUGUUCCGAAGCGAUGGAAAGGGAAGAGCUCAAAGAAAGGCAACAGAACGAACUUGCCGUUCUACAGUCGAUAUUUUUAGGUGACGUCAAAGACCUCCGUAAGCGUGACAAAUGCAAAAUUUGGCGACCACUCGAAAUCUCACUGACGCUACGACCCCAAGAAAGUAUGACACGUCUGCGCGAAGUGCACGUACAAGUUGAUCUACACGUCACUUGCUCAGUGCGGUAUCCCUACGAAGCUCCAAAACUUUCCCUGUGCAACCCCAAGGGUCUUUCGAAAGAUGCCAUUUUGAAGAUAGAAAAAGAACUGUCCGAGCUUAGUGAGCAGUUGAAGGGCGAAGUCAUGAUACUCGAGCUCGCCCAGCAUGUUCAGAAGUGCCUGCACGAUUACAAUACUCCGAGAUUUAGUUCAUUUUACGAUGAGAUGCUUAAUAAUCGUGAGCAACAAGAAAAGGCGAAAGCGGCUGCUCAAGAGGCCCAGAUGAGCCUGGAACGUCUGGAAGAGGAACGCAGACGUCAGGCUCUGGAACAGGAGAUCGAACGACGACAGGAAGAGAUCAAGGUCGAAGAGGCUGCCCGACGAUCGUCUUCUCAAGGUGGAAGCUGCAACCACGGGCCGCCGGAGAUACUCGCAUUUGCGGGUAGGACUGGGACGAAGCACGUGCAACGGGGUGCCUGUCUCGGUCACAGUUCCAGAGGAUGUGUCGUAUUUGCCGGCUUGGACCUGACUUCGGGGGCUCCCAUGUGCGUUCUAGAAUGGACUCCCAUGACUGCAGAGAAUGCUGCGACCAUAGAACGUGAGCUUCAGUCCCUAUUGCUACGGCUGUGCCAUUCGACGUUACUCCACUACUUGGGGUGUCUUUUUGUGCCGGAGAAAAGAGCACUGUACCUGCUCCAAGAGUUUGCUGGAGGCUGCUCGCUACGGUCUUACGUAGCUCGUUCCAUCACCAUAGACGGCGCCCUGUUACGCAGUUAUUUGCAAGGGACGUUGCAGGCCCUCGCGUACCUGCACCAACACUCUGUUGUUCAUAAAGAUCUGAGAGAUUCUGACGUCUUCAUUGACAGCUGCGGCGGCGUACGUUUGGCAAACUACAGUCUGUCGUGUAAGUUGGCCGCGCUGUGUCAGGGAAGCAAGGAGCCCUCUUCAGGAGUUCGAGCAAAGAAGAAGAAAGGCGAUGUCUAUCAGCUGGGCUUGUUAGUUCUCGUACUAGUGAGGGGUCAGAAAGAAGGCCUCGUCGACAUUCCGAGUACGCUGUCGGUCGACCUCCAAGACUUUCUCCGCUGCUGCUUGUGUGCACGAGAUGCCGAUCGGUGGUCGUGCGACCAACUGCUCUCCCAUCCGUUCGUAAUGGGAACGACGUCGAUUCCUGCUAACAUCGACGACGCCGGUGACACCGGACCGCCCGCCCUCCUAAACCACGCGGCCUCAACCCAUUCUCGCCUUCAAGCGGAAUUCGAGACGCUCGAAUGGCUGGGCAGAGGCGGCUUCGGUGACGUGUUUAAGGUCCGCAACCGUCUGGAUGGCUGCAUUUACGCUCUUAAACGCAUCCUGCUCAACCGUUCGAGUAGACUUCUCGACAAGAAAAUUAUGAGAGAAGUCAAGCUACUCUCAAGAUUGAACCACGAGAACAUAGUUCGUUACUACCACUCGUGGAUAGAAGUGACUACUGAGGCUCCAAACGAAGACAGUCCCAGUGCAUCUCGGGACUGGAGCAUUCAUAAGCCUAAAUCUGAGCAUCCUUUUGGAAGCAUGUGCAUUUCGAGUAGCGACGACGACGACGAUGACGUUGUGGUGUUUGAAGGCAGUCGAGAGGAAGAAGACGCGUCUGGAGACGAGGCUCCCGUCACGGUACGCAGUUACCACUUCAUGUUCAUCCAGAUGGAAUUCUGCGAAAAGAGCACGCUACGAACCGCUAUCGACACGGGUCUCAGCAACAACGUGACUCGCGUGUGGCGACUCUUCCGAGAAAUUGUGGAGGGACUCGCCCAUAUUCACCAGCAGGGAAUGAUACACCGCGACCUCAAGCCCGUCAACAUUUUCCUCGACUCGAGCGACCGGGUCAAGAUCGGAGAUUUUGGUCUGGCAACGACGGCGUUGGUUCCCAGGGGCGAAGCCAACGAACUAGCGCUCGGCGACAUCUCUAAUCCCAGCAGCCUUACGGGCCGUGUGGGUACGGCGCUGUACACUGCCCCAGAAUUACUGCAGACCGGAACCGUGAUCUACAGCCAAAAGGUGGACAUCUACAGCCUUGGCAUCAUACUGUUUGAGAUGUGCUAUCCGGCAAUGCGUACGGCGAUGGAACGGGUGCAACUGCUGGCCAAGCUGCGCCAGCCAGAAGUGGAGCUGCCAACAGGAAAAAGGCUUACUUCGCAGCAGAGCCACUUGGUUCGCUGGCUCCUGCAGCAUGACCCUGCAAAGCGUCCGUCUUCGAAGCAGCUCUUGGCAGAGUUGCCACCUCCGAGGUUAGAGGAAGCGCAGCUCCACGACGCACUCUGCCAUACGGUGGCCAAUCCACGAAGCCGAGCCUACAAGCUGAUGGUCGAGGCUCUCUUCAGACAACAGGCUUCGCCUGUGCAGGACCACACGUACGAUUCAGAGCUUGGCAUGGCCCCCACCAGCACUGCUCUAGCUUUCCAGCACGUUGAGGGUGUCCUCGUAGAAGUGCUCAAACGUCACGGGGCCCUCCCACUGAGCGUGCCCACACUGUUGCCUCGGAACGGCCAAUCUGAGGUCAGCGACAGCGUACUACUGCUCGACCCUGGGGGACUCGUAGUGUCGUUACCGCACGAUCUACGUACACCAUUUGCUCGCUACGUUGCUCGUCGUGACGUGGCUUUCCUCAAGAGGUACACCAUAGAGAAAGUGUACCGGCCUCGCCGAGUGCAGGGAUGCCAUCCUCGAGAACUGUACGAGUGCGCUUUUGACGUGGUUGCACCGGGGCCCUGCACGUGUCUUUUCGAAGCAGAAACGUUGCAGUUAGUAGCCGAAAUAGUGAACGAGUUCCCAGAACUCCAAAAUCGGGGUUACGUGGUGCGGCUGGGUCACACGGCGCUUCUGAGCUCGUUGCUCAUUCACUGCGGCGUAGCUGAAGAGCAUUGGGCUGUCGUGCGUACUACACUUUAUGAGGCUCGCAGGGGCGACUCUCGUCUACAGCUGCAGCAACGGCUUUCCACACUGGCCGUACCAGAGUCGGCUGCCACGAUGCUGGCACAAUUUCACGAGCUCGAGGACGUCCUGCCACGUGUGGCAUCGGCAUUCCGAUUUGUUGCCAGGCAACGGGGACCUGCUGCGGCUCUCGCUCGACAAGCGCUGCAUGAGCUGGAAGCCCUGCUAGAGCUGGCUGCAGCGAUGGGACUCACUUUGCCCGUUGUUGUGGCACCCUGCCUCGUCGCCCCUCGCAACAUAUACACAGGACCCGUCUUUGAGGUGGCGUGCUCAUCACGACGCGCUCAGAAAGCAGCGCGUGAUGUCCUUGCCAUCGGAGGUCGCUACGAUGCCCUCGUUGCAUCCUUUGCCAUGGGUGGCCGACGGGACGUCCGUGCAGUUGGCAUAAGCAUCGCCGUCGAGAAAAUUGUCCAAGCUCUGUGCGAGGGCUCUCCGGACGACCUGCCGGGUGCUGCCGACUGUGCCCUGGGUAUUGCUGGAGAGGUCCCGCCAGUCGUGCAACGAGACCAGGCCACUUUGCUCGGGGCCCUGUGGACAGCAAAGGCGCGUGUCCUGCUCCUACCACCCCCAGAGGCUCUCGUAGCCGACGACCCCGGAAUCCUGUGUCGCGAGCGCCGCAUUCCAUAUCUAGCCCUGAUGCGAGACGGUGAACCCGGAGUGGUUCGUCUGCGAUGCACGGACAGGGACCGCACUGAACGGAAAGUACUCGCGGAUGACUUGUGCGAGCUCGUGGCACGAACCUCAAAGACUAGUGAUCUGCCACAGCCUCAACGUGGCCCCGAGUCGGGACCUCGCCUCGAGGCCGCAGCCCUUCGUAUCUCGUUGCUCCUCGCCGACCGAUCGCUCUCCGGUGCCCGGCGUCGACGUCACGAAGCACAGAUUGCUACCCAGCUGAGAGGUCUGGGUGCGACCCUGGCUGCAGCGUCCAAACCCCCGCUCGAUGUGCUGGCCUGCGAUCUCGAUGGACAACUUCUGCGAUCUACCAUAGCGUAUCUAGACGUAGAGGGAGGUCCGGAACCGUAUCACAGCAGUAUAGCGACGCUGCUGGAUAGGCACCCACGUCAUCGCAAGUACCUGGCACGCUUAGCGGACGAGGUGCACGACCUGGUAUUUCAAAGUGGGCGUACCGUUCUAGUGCUGUACGCGCUGCACGAUAACACUUACAAGGUGAUGGUGUUUCCCUCUCGAACGUGAUACGACUUUGUUUUGUGCGCGAAGAAGACAUUUUGCAGUCAACCACAUAAACCAGUCAAGUAUUUGUCCCAGAUCCUUUUGCCACAAUCAGGCCACCAUCAUAGAGAGUCGUACACGGAUUGUUGGUGUCUUCACGUCAGUGUUUCAUGUUGGUGGAUAUGCACACAAUGUUGCCAUCAAAUGCUCUGGUGCCCUGAUCUUCCUGUGAUGCUCAGUCUAAUAUGCCAUAAAUACAGUGCAUUUUGUUUGAUACUUUAUGUGUUUGGGCUUUGCAAGUGCAAA